GCUGAUGUGACAGUUUAUGUGUCUCCUGGCUUUUCUGUUUUCAUAAUAUUUGGGAAUCUACAACUGAUUUGUGUCUAACGUUGAAGGAAGUAACACAUAAAGAGCAAAGGGGAAAGCGAUGACUAAUAGAGCACCUAUGGCUAGAAACAAAUGGGUGACUAUAUUCUCGAUGCAAAGCCAAAAGAAAUCAAUGAUGUUCAGAGAUUAAACUAUGAGCAGAACAUGAGUGAUGCAAUGGCCAUUCUACACAAGCUGCAGACAGGACUCGAUGUAAAUGUGAAGUUUACUGGUGUACGAGUGUUUGAAUACACACCCGAGUGCAUAGUGUUUGAUCUUCUUGAUAUUGCACUUUACCAUGGAUGGUUGGUGGACCCACAAACUGCUGAUGUAGCGAAGGCAGUGGGAAUGUGCAGCUAUAACCAGCUGGUAGAGAAGAUUAUCUUCUGUAAACAAUCAGAGAACAGUGAACUAGUCAGUGAAGGGUUUGUUGCAGAACAAUUUUUAAACAGCACUGCAACCCAACUAACGUUCCAUGGAUUAUGUGAACUGAUUUCCACAGUUGAAGAAGGAGAGAUGUGUGUGUUCUUCAGAAAUAACCAUUUUAGUACAAUGACAAAACACAAGGCUAAAGACAAAAUCUCUAUUCGGGCACAAUCCCUGCAUCCCACGGACCAGUCUGGUGAACCCUAA